AUGGCGCACUGCCAGGAUCACCUUCCCCGGCCGCUCCUCGUCGUCGUCGAGGCGGCGGCUGCGGCCCCGCAUCGCCCAGAGCGCCCCUGCGGCGGUGCGAUGCGCCCACCGCGCCGCGCGGUCCACGAGCCGUCCAACCGAGCUCCACCUCCACGUCGUCCUUCUCGUCGACGGUGCCGCCUCCUCGGCGUUCGCAACGCUGCGAUGCUCUGGGGCGCCCUGAGGCACGUCAUCAAUUCGCGCUGCCCUGCCCUCGCCUUCCGGGUCCUCCUCGACCGCGGAGCUGCCCGGUGGCACGCCGGCGCCGGCCGCUGUCCCGCCGUCCCCUGGCGGUGGCUCGCCCCCUCCUCCAUUUGCGCCUCCCCCGCAGCGACCUUCACCGCGGUCGAGAGCCCGGUAGACGACGUGGCGGUGGCGUCAGCGUCGGAGAGGGUGGUGGUGGACGAGUCAGUGGAGCCCGAAAAAAAUCUAAUGGUGUCGGCAGUGGAAGGGACGCUGAACGUGCUGCGCGUGGCCAAGGACACGAGCAGAGUGCGGAGGGUGGUGGUGACCUCGUCCAUCUCGGCCAUCGUGCCCAGCCCGGGGUGGCCGGCUGGCGAGGCCCGGGACGAGCGCUGCUGGACCGACAUCGACUACUGCGAGAAGAACGGGGUUCGGUACCCUGCUUCGAAGACACUGGCAGAGAAGGCAGCAUGGAAGUUUGCAGAGGAGAACAGAUUAGAAGUGGUUGUGGUUAACCCGAGGGCUGUUUUGGGCCCGAUAAUUUCACCAGCCAUCAACGCCAGCAUGUCCGUUCUUGUUCGCCUCCUCGAAGGUUGCACAGAGGAGUAUGCAGAUUUCUACAUGGGGCCAGUCCAUGUGGAAGACGUUGCGUCGGCCCAUAUCCUGCCGUUCGAGAACCCAUCGGCGUCUGGGAGGCAUAUCUGCGUCGAGUCCAUCGCUCACUGGAGCGAUUUCGUGGCCGAAGUCGCCGAGCUCUACCCCAACCACAAAGUGCCCAAGUUCCCCAAGGACGCCCAGCCUGGGCUGGUGAGAACGGAGGCUGCAUCGAAGAAGCUCAAUGCUCUGGGGCUGCACUUCACUCCCGUGGAGAAGAUCAUCAGCGAUGCUGUUGAAAGUCUCAAGAGCAGAGGGUACAUCUCCUGAUGGCUGGAUACUGUAAUGUCUUCCUGAACCUUGCUAGUAUGGUUUGUAACCAGUAAUAAGGAUGCCACUAAAUAAUAAUAUACCGUUGGAGCCGUACAAUCUGAAAUUAAGUUCCAAUCAAAUUCAGAAACUGGGAAAUCUCGAAGGCGAGUUUCGAAUUUCAA